CGCGGUGUUGCCAUAGCGAUCACUUCCUGCUCCACGUCGCGGCCGUCAUGGCGGCUCUUGAGGAGCCCUCCGCUCCUGGGCCUUCGGGGCUUUCAGGGCCUUCGGACUUGGAGGAGGCCAGCCUCCUGGCCUGGCUGUUCCGCGGGCGAGGUCAGGCCCCGGCUUCUUCUCCUUCCUCGGGAGAGGAGGCCUACCUGGGCCGGCUGUCCGGGCUGGGCCUGGAGGCGCUGCGGAGGGAGCCCGGGCGCCUGGCCGAGGAGCGGGCCCAGCUGGGCGCCCAGACCCGCGCCCUGGCCUUCGCCCACUACAAGACCUUCAUCCGCUCCGCCGAGUGCACCGCCCAGACGCGCAGAGGCUUCUCCGGCACCGAGGCUGGCCUCGACCGCCUCCUCGCCCGCCUCCCGCCCUUCGCCCACAGCUGCCGAAACUUCAUGCGGGAGGCGGAGCAGAUUGCGCAGAGCCGCCGUAUGAACAACCUGACCCUGAACCGCCACACGGAGAUCCUGGAAAUCCUGGAGAUCCCUCAGCUGAUGGACACCUGCGUCCGCAAUGGGUACUACGAGGAGGCCCUGGAGCUGGUGGCUUACGUCCGCCGCCUGGAGAAGAAGCACGCCUCCAUUCCCGUCAUCCAGGGCAUCGUGGCUGAGGUGCGCCAAUCUUCCCAGCUGAUGUUGACCCAAUUGAUCCAGCAGCUGCGCACUAACCUCCCGCUGCCUGCCUGCCUGCGUGUCAUUGGCUACCUGCGCUGCAUGGAUGUCUUCACGGAGGCGGAGCUGCGCAUCACCUUCCUGCAGGCCCGAGAUGCCUGGCUGCGCUCCGUCCUGGCCGCCAUCCCCGAGGAGGACCCCUACGUUCACGUGACCAAGACCGUGGAGGCCUGCCGCGUCCACCUCUUUGACGUGGUCACCCAGUAUCGAGCCAUCUUUGCUGACGAGGAGCCACUGGUGCCGGUCCCCGGGCAGCAGGAGGCCCUGGGCGAGGGGGCCCUCUUCCACGGCUGGGUCCUGCAGAAGGUUUCCCAGUUCCUGCUGCUGCUGGAGCGCGACCUGCAGCGGGGGGCCGGCGGCCGGCUGGACUCCUUGCUGGGCCAGUGCAUGUACUUUGGCCUCUCCUUCAGCCGGGUGGGGGCUGACUUCCGAGGCCAGCUGGUCCCCAUUUUCCAGCGCGCAGCACUCCUUGCCUUCCAGAAGGCCACGCAAGAAGCCGCCAGCAGAUUCCGAGAGGAGAUGGACUGCUACACAUUGGUCUCGGCCCCGGCAGUCCUGGGCAGUGCCCUUCCAACCCCUCCCGUGGGGCAAACUGCGCAGCCAGGGACCUUGCAGCCCCCCAUGGGGCUCCUGGACUUCCCACCCCUGGCCUGCUUCCUCAACGGCAUCCUGGCCGCCUUCAAUGACUUGCGCCUAUGCUGCCCGGUGGCCCUGGCUCCGGAGGUGGCUGCAGCCGUGGAGGAAGCGCUUCUCCAGGUAGCCAAGGUCAUCCUGGCUUUCCAUCGGGCUGAGUCCAUGGCCUUCAGUGGCCGAGAGCAAGAGCUUUUCGUUCAGUUCUGCACCGCGUUCCUGGAAGACUUGGUGCCCUACCUCAACCGCUGCCUCCCGCUCCUUUUCCCAGCUGCUCAACUGGCACAGACGCUGGGGGUUCCUCCGACUCAGCUGCACAAAUACGGGAGCCUGGGCUGCGUGGACGAGCGUCCGGUCCGAGAUCUGCUCUCCUCCAUCCUUCCUGAGAAAGAGACUGCCCUUCCUUUGCCUGCGGAGGAGGAGGAAGCCCCGGCCCAAGAGAGCCCUCCCAUGGAGCCCCGCCUGAAUGAAGCGGGAGAAGAGUCCUCCUGGGAGGCCUGCGGGUGGGCGGCCCGCAUCGUGCAGCACGAGAUGGACCACCUGCAGGGAAUCCUCUAUGUCGACAGGAUGGAGAGCAGGACCUUCACCAGUGUGCGCUGGGCGGAUGUCCGCGAGUGACUGGAGGUGGGCGGAGGCAGCGACAGGAGACUGUCUGUUGCCCUUGCGCUCUGUGGUGAGGUGGGGUGAAAAGCAGGGUGUUCAGAUGCAGCAUCCUCACUCCCCAGUUUCUCUUUGGAGCAAUACUGUCAAAGUGGGCCCUGCUGCAGCAAUAAACCCUCAGUGCUCUGCCUAUGAGGCUGCAAGGUGAGGUGGGAUUAAGUGGCUGAGGGGCAAAAGGAAAGGGAAUGGUGGGAGCUGAAAUCCAAAACACCCGGAGGGACAAACUUUGCCCUUGCUUGCUUUAAAAUUAGUGAAUGUGACAAUAUUUUCCUGCCUUCCUGGUCUGUUUCAUUUCCUGCACAUCUUGCUUGCAGAUUGGGGGCUCUGAUGUUUCCCCAGGUGAGAUAAAAUAAAAAAUUAUGCCGUUGCA